GGAGGUCCUGCUGCGGGGGCUUCUGGGAGAGAAACAUGGCGGCGCCCGGGCUACUGCCCGGCAUGGGAAGGCUCAUUGAGAUGCCCGCCGCGCUGGGGCGCUUGAGCCGAGCUUACAGCAAGUCUCACGCCUUCACGGAGGUUCUGCAGCUGCCCAAAAUGGAACUGACGAAGCUCGUGUUCCCAUUACAGGAACUUCAGCGGCAUCUCCUCCCUGACGCCAAGCCCGACCUUCUGCAACUGAGGAUCUUUGACCCGAGCCUGGAGGCCAUCGCGAGGGCGGAGAGCUUCUUCAAGGCCACUCCGCGGCACCGCAUCGAGUACGUCAGCUCGGCGGUGCGCCUGGACCACGCCCCCGACCUCCCCCGCCCGGAGGUGUGUUUUAUAGGCAGAAGCAAUGUUGGAAAAUCCUCUCUAAUAAAGGCUUUGUUUUCAUUGGCUCCAGAGGUUGAAGUCAGAGUCUCCAAAACCCCGGGGCACACAAAGAAAAUGGAUUUUUUCAAAGUUGGAAAAUAUUUUACAUUGGUGGACAUGCCAGGUUAUGGCUAUCGAGCACCUGAAGAUUUUGUUGAUAUGGUAGAGACCUAUCUAAAAGAACGAAAGAAUUUGCUGAGAACAUUUUUGUUAGUGGAUAGUGUUGUCGGAAUUCAGAAAGCAGACAAUAUUGCUAUAGAAAUGUGUGAAGAGUUUGCAUUACCUUAUGUAAUGGUGUUAACAAAAAUUGACAAACCUUCCAAGGGACUUCUUUUAAAACAGGUGCUCGAGAUCCAGAAAUUUGUUGACACUAAAACACAAGGAUGUUUUCCUCAGUUGUUUCCUGUAAGUGCUAUGACCUAUUCUGGAAUCCAUCUGUUGAGAUGCUUUAUAGCAACUAUAACAGGAAAUCUUAAGACUAAUUAAUGGCAUCUAACUUUGCUGAAGACUCAACGUUUUUUAUGCCAACUGGAGUUAAACACAAGCAUUUCAACAUUGUUUUAAAUGUUGCAUAUCUACAAUUUGCAGAGGUUCAGUUCAGCUUUAAAACCUACAUCUUCUCAAAGCAAGAAUGACUUUGUGCCUGGGGGAAGAAGGGUUUAUAGAUGAUUGAAUUAUGCAGUUCAUUAGAACAGAUACUAGCAGUUUUUCCUAUUUUAACAAACUGACAAACAAGAGCAACAUAUAGAAGUCCAUAAGAUGAAAAUCUAUUUACUACUGUGUAGAAAAAGGUUUGCCAUGUUAUUUAUUGGGUUCAUCUUUUUAAAAAUGUCUAUUAUGUAUAUACUAGGGGCCCAGUGCACAAAUUCAUGAACCUUGAGAGGAACUGUGGGCUGAGGCUGCGAUAGGCACAGGGGCAAGUCUCAGCCCAUCCUUUGCGCCUCAGCUCGGCCCCUCCCGCCAUGGCCCCUGGUCCCCUGUCGGCAGCCCUGCUCCUGCUGCCACCACUCCCACGCACUGACGGCGCUGGCCCCACUCGCAC